AUGGGCAAGAAGCGAGUACUAGUCGGCUAUGGCGUCGAUGUAGACGCCGUGGCAGGCUGUACACCAGCCCACACAAUCGAAUCGUUUCCUAAGCAGAUGAGCAAAGUCAAGGAUGCCGGACACGAAAUCACACAAACAGCNGGUCUACACGGCUACACCCACGAACACAUCUCCAAACUCUCCUUCUCGCAACAAAAAGCCAUUCUCCAAAAAUCCAUCGAAGUACUAACCAAGUUCACCGGCAAAAGGCCACAAGGCUAUACAGCACCAGCCUGGGACACUAGCAAAGAACUAAUCCCUUUACUCGAAGAGUUCGGAAUUGUAUAUGAUCACUCAUUCAUGCAUCAUGAUUUGCAACCAUACUUUGCGCCAGAUGCAAGUCAUCAGUGGAUAGAGACCGAUAUCAAAAAGGAAGCAGAGAGUUGGAUGAAGCCGAUGACCAAGAUUCGACCGAGCAAGAUUGUAGAGAUUCCGGCGAAUUGGCAUGUGGAUGAUUUUGCGCANGGGCCGCCUCUACAACCUAUGCCAGGAAGAGCUGGAACGGUGAGUCCGAAAAGCUCUUCCAUCGCUCCUGACAUUGAUGUGGAAGAGCUGACAAAGACACAUUUCAGNAACGGCUUCGUCAGCACCCACGAGUUGGAGAGACUUUGGCUCGAGCAAUUCGACUUUGCGUAUGAAGAAUAUGACAGCUUCAUCUUCCCCAUGUCGAUCCAUCCACAAGUCAGUGGAAAGCCACAGGUCAUCAAGAUGCACGAACGGUGUGUUCCCUGA